GCUUUGACUACAAAACCUGCAAUGUCCUGGUGGCCCUGGAGCAACAAUCCCCGGACAUCGCCCAGGGGGUUCACCUUGACCGCAGCGAGGAGGACAUCGGUGCCGGUGACCAGGGGCUGAUGUUUGGCUACGCCACGGACGAGACCGAGGAGUGCAUGCCCCUCACCAUCGUCUUGGCUCACAAACUCAACGCCAAGUUGGCCGAGCUGCGCCGCAACGGCACUUUGCCCUGGUUGCGUCCUGACUCCAAGACUCAGGUGACCGUGCAGUACAUGCAGGACCGCGGGGCGGUGAUCCCCAUCCGGGUCCACACCAUCGUCAUCUCGGUGCAGCACGACGAGGAGGUGUGUCUGGAUGAGAUGCGCGAUGCCCUCAAGGAGAAGGUCAUCAAGGCUGUGGUGCCCCCCAAGUAUUUGGAUGAUGAGACCAUCUACCACCUGCAGCCCAGCGGGAGAUUUGUCAUCGGGGGGCCACAGGGUGACGCGGGCCUGACCGGACGCAAGAUCAUCGUGGACACGUACGGCGGUUGGGGCGCCCAUGGCGGCGGCGCCUUCUCCGGCAAGGACUACACCAAGGUGGAUCGUUCGGCCGUAUGGGUGGCCAAGUCCUUGGUCAAGGCCGGGCUGUGCCGUAGGGUGCUGGUCCAGGUGUCCUACGCCAUCGGCGUCUCCCACCCGCUUGGAGUUUCUCUGGGAAGAGGAGGAGAGGAGCAAAAAGGGCACAGGGAGGUGAACCUCUUGACUGAGUCGGGAAUUGUGUAUUCCAGGGAUCUGGAUCUGAAGAAACCCCUUUAUCAGAGGACUGCAGCCUAUGGCCACUUUGGUAGGGACAGUUUCCCUUGGGAAGUGCCCAAAAAGUUAAAGUAUUGA